ACUAACACAUCAGCAUGGACACUCAGCCCCUGGUUUUCUGACCAGGGACCACACAGGCGACACCGUCUGUGUCUGUGUGUGUCUGUGUCUGUGUGUGUGUCUGUGUGUGUGACGGGGUAGUCAGUGUCACCCAGAGGUGCAGUAUCGGACAGGAUUAAACUGACUGGAAGAGACACCAGAACAAAACAGCUUCAACCAUGGAGCAUUUAACGGAGGACAACUGGAAGGAGAUUGCGGGGAAGAAGAUGAAAUUCCCAUCCAGUCUGAUUGGAGCCAUCUAUGAUGGGAACUUGGCCAAACUGUACAAGUUGCUGCAGACGAGCGACGGGCUCCUGAGGCAGCUCGAUGACUCGGAAGACCGAUCCUGGAGAGAGGCUCUCAAUCUGGCCAUCCGCAUGGGCAACGAGGAAAUUAUCGUCAACCUCCUGCGACUGGUCAAGUUCGACUUCCGGCAAAUCCAUGAGGCCCUGCUAGUGGCUGUGGACAUGAACCUCAUCAACGUGGUCAAACUCCUGCUGGAGCGGCUGGACCAGCAGAAAGGAGUCAGUCACAACAAGGUGGACAUCAUGUCCUUCUCCCUGGCCUUGUUCGACCACUCCAUUGACAGCUCGCGAUUUGCGCCAGGCGUCACACCGUUGACCCUGGCUUGCCAGAAGAACCUGUUUGAGAUUGUGGAUCUGCUGAUGAAGAAAGGCCAUGUCAUUCCUAACCCCCACAAGAUCUCCUGCUCCUGCCCAGAGUGUCUCAACGCCCGGCAGUAUGAUAUGCUCAAGUUCUCGUUGUCUCGCAUUAACACCUACAAAGGGCUAGCCAGCCGGCCAUACCUGUCCAUUGCCAACGAAGACGCCAUGUUGAGUGCCUUCAAGCUGAGCAGGGAACUCAAGCAGCUGUCUAAGAAGGAGCCUGAGUUUAAGCCGGAAUACCUGAGCCUGGAGGAACUCUGUGAGGACAUGGCUGUGGAAUUGCUCGGAAUGUGCCGGAAUCAGAGUGAAGUAAACGCUGUGCUCAAUGACUGUGGUGAGGAGACGACAGAAGAUGCAGAUAACCAGGCCUUCGAAGAAGGGAUUCCCAACCUGGGCAGGCUGCGCCUUGCUGUCAACUAUAACCAGAAGAGAUUUGUGGCUCACCCAAUCUGUCAGCAGGUGCUCACCUCGAUCUGGUGUGGGAAGCUGACCUGGUGGAGAGGCAGCAAGACCAUCUCAUUAGUGUUUGUCUCAUUUGGAAUGUUCCUCACCAUGCCCUUGUUAUCGAUGUUCUACUGGAUUGCCCCAAAAUCUAAGCUCGGACAGAUUGUGCGUACCCCUGUUAUCAAGUUCCUCCUUCACUCAUCGUCCUACAUCUGGUUCCUGGUCCUGCUCCUGGUGGAGUCAAUCAUCGCUCAGCAAUUCCGGGAUGUGUCGUCGUCCAGGAACCAGCCAAUCUACGUUAACUCCCUCCAUAUGGUUUGGGUGGUGGGAUUUUUUUGGUAUGAGUGUAAGGAGGUGUGGAUUGAGGGCUUACGCAGCUACCUGCUGGACUGGUGGAACUUCCUGGAUAUCGUUAUUCUCAGCAUGUACCUGGCAUCCUUCGCCCUCCGCAUUGUGGUUUACCUCAGCGGGCAGCUCUACUGUUUGGCGGACAGUGCGUCUUACUACUGUUUCUACUUUACAGAUGCUGACCGUCAUGAAUGGAGACAGGAGGACCCCCAGAUGAUAGCUGAGGUACUGUUUGCAAUCACCAGUAUGCUGAGCUUAGCCAGACUGACAUCCAUCUUACCAGCUCACGAGACCCUCGGAACACUCCAGAUUUCCAUCGGCAGGAUGAUUGACGACAUGAUGAGGUUUAUGUUUUUACUGAUGAUCAUCCUGACUGCCUUCCUCUGUGGAAUCAACAACAUCUACGUCCAUUACAUCGAUCUGGAACGACUUGGAAAUUUUAAUGGGACACUGCAGUUCCUCUUCUGGACCAUGUUCGGGAUGGAGGAGCCAACUUCAGUUGAUCUUACGGAGUUUGUGGUAGCAGAGUUUGUUGGACGAAUUCUGUAUGGGAUUUUCACCAUCAUCAUGGUCAUAGUGCUGCUCAACAUGUUAGUCGCUAUGAUCACAAACUCCUUUCAGAAGAUCGAGGUGAGACUGACCACCCACAGCAAGACAGAACAGCAGGACGCAGAGAACCUAUAA